AACACACAGACACGUCACGGUGCAGUGGUCGGCACACCGCGGGCCGAGACUAGCGGAAACAACGAGUGUGGGACCUCCUCAAAAAUUUCCUUUUAUAAAACUUUAUCAAAAAUGACCCUCCGAGAGUGCGCGCGCCCGCCGCGGCACGGCUGGCGCCGCAAGCUGGCCCCGCUGCUGGGCUCGCUGCUGGCGGCGGGAGCCGUGCUGCUGCUGCACCGCGCGCUGCUGACCGCGCAGCGAGUGCACACGCAGCUGCAGUCUUACAGAGUCAAUAGGAACUUGAGCGCCUAUAGCGAUCUCAUCCAAGAGCCGCUGAUCCAGCCCCGUUCCCUGGUCUCUCUCUGCUCUGGCUUCGCCCCGGAUGGCGUGGUGGCGCUGGUGACCAGCUCGCCGGCCCGGGCCGCGCGGCGCCGCAUCAUCCGGGACACGUGGGCAAGCGCCGUGCCCACCUUCUUCUUCCUCGGCUUGGACGGCAGCAAGGAUGAGCUGGCAGACAUCUACUACGAGUCCAAGCUGCACAACGACAUGGUGGUGUUCGAGUUCGUGGACACGUACCAGAACCUCACGCUGAAGACGGCGGCCAUGUUGCAGUGGGGGCAGCGGGCCCUGAGGCGGUGGGCGGAGCGGUGUGACGGCGCGCGCUUCGUGUUAAAGACCGAUGAUGAUAUCACGGUCAACCCGUGGCGGUUGAGGGAUGUGGCAAGAGAGCACGCGAAUGACGCUUUAGUUGGCUAUAUCUUCGAAGACACGGCUCCGCACCGAAGCCCCUUCAGCAAAUACUUCAUACCGCACUGGCUCUACCUUGAAGACAACUACCCGGAAUAUCUGUCCGGGACCGGAUACCUCAUCAAUGGAGAAUAUCUGCCAAAGAUUGUCGAGGCUUCAUAUAAAGUUCCACUUAUAAACAUAGAAGAUGUUUACUUCACAUACUUAGUGGCGGUGAAGGCGCUAGGGUUGCCACUGUCUCACGAUGACCGGCUGAGCCCCUUCCAGCCCGUGGUCCCGCUGGCUUGCGCCUACUGGGACUUCGCCUCCAUGCACAGCAUGACCCCGGCCACCAUCGCCAGCGCCUGGGCCAAGAUACAAACCUUGGGCGAAGCCAACGACUCAGGCCUGCCCGUUUGUGAAACGUACAGACAGAACUUUAGAUACUUUUCCAGUUUUUACUUUUUACACAGAUGAGGAUGGUGGGUUUGUUUAACAGUUUCGUAACUUAUUUUAAGACAUAAGUAAGACAUGGAGGUCUUAUCGCUGAAUUUGUAAUGAUUAGUGUCGUCAAACAGCGUAUUUUACAUGGAAAUAUAUAUUGUAUACCUACUAUGUAGAUAACAAAUUUAAGAUUGAUAGAUAGCUAUUAUUGUGUGUUGAAAUUAAGUAUAAAUUAUUAGUGUUUGUAGUAUGUCUGCCUCCAAGCAGCGGUUAUAACUAGUUAAGUAUUAUGUUUUCACAGUUGUCUGAUUUAUUUGUGUAGGUUUUUAUAAUAUUUAUGUAAGUAGUAUUUAUAUAUGUAUAUAUGUAUUAUUAUAUGUAGGGACAUGUAUAAAAUCAUAUAUAUAUAUAUAUAUACUAUUGUACUAUAGU